CCACCCAUUAAUAUGCCACGGAGAUUUUUCUUCUUCUCCACUUUUCGCCACCAUUUCUUCUUCUCCUUCUCUCUCUCUCUCUCUCUCUAAAAUCGGUGGAAGGUCCAAACGUUAGACACCAUGACCGGCGGAGACUGGAUUCAUGAAGCUAUGGGUGAUGAUUCAUUGGUGGCGGAGGCUCUGAUCUGCCUCCUCCAUUCUGAGCCGUCUUCACCUCCUCCUGAGACGAAGUGCGGCGGCGGCGGCGGCGCGUCGGAUCUCAAGCUGAAGUGGACGGUACGUCAGAGGAGGACCAAGGCGGCGUCGCUGAGGAAGAAGGGAGAUGAUAAUAAUACGCGUGCUAGUCCGACAACGCCUCUUUCCUGGAGCGGUGCCACUUCUUUUAGCGGCGGUGGUGGUCCUGGUGCCGUUGAUGGAUUUGAGGAGUCAAGCGGUGCUGUGAAACUGUCUGAGGCCGUUAGAUCUAAGAUAUCUCAAACGAGUGUAACAACAACAACCCCUUUCAAGAGAUCAAGAAAGAAAAAGACGCUUGCUCAACUUAAAGAAGAGGAGAGUUUGCUCUUAAAGGAAAAGAAAGGCUUGAAAAAUGAACUCGCCAGUAUGCGGGAACUGCUCAAGCAACAAAAAGCAAGAAACGAGUCUUUAAAGAUGAUGCAGGCUGAAUCACAAAAGAAUGAGGAUUCCUCCUUCUUGCUCCCUGACCUUAACAUACCUCUGGAUAACAACAACUCGAGCCCUGAUAUGUAAACUAGGAUAGACACAACAACCAUCAACAAGAUAUUCUUUUGUCUUUUGACACGUUCUCUAGACUACGCAUAACUGUAACUAUAUGAUAUGGAUAAGAAUAUAGAUAGAUAAUCGUUCGACUCGUCCCAUUCCCUUGGCUUUUGCAGACGGAUAAAAUGAUUCGAAUGACAGAGGAGACGAGUUUUUUUUUUUUGAGUUUUUGGUGUUUUUUUCGUUCUCUUAUUAUAGAUGAUGUUGUCAAUUCGUAAAAGUUGUAGCAAGUUUUUGCUCUUUUGCCCAUCUUUUGUUGCUUCUCUUUUGCUCCUUUUUCACUCUCUAAUGUAUUUUUUUCUAUAACUAACUAACUAAUGUAUAAUUCUUACUAGUUAUCUUCAUAAUCA